ACAGAAGAUGCCAAAGCCAAAACAAGUGGAUGCGCCACUCCUCCGCCCCACCAGCUCGUUGGCACGGCCGGAGCUCCAGCAAAAGGAAUGGCCUCGCUGCAUCGCGCUCCCGCUACUUCCCUCCCCGCCGGCCAUCACCGGCAGGGCGCCGGCGCUCUCCUCCAGCGGCCAUGCGGGCGCCGUUCCCGGCUGAACGCGCAGAAAAAGCCCGGUUCCACGCGCCCGCGCACCGGCACGCCCUCCGGCUCGGAGUCGGACAACGUCGUCCUCAAGGCCGCGUGGUACGGCUCCGAGGUCCUCGGCAUCGCCGCGUCCUUCUUCCGGCCGCCGUCUCCGGAGGCGGACGCCGGUGCUGCAGACGACGGCGCGUCGCAGUCCCAGCCCUCUGGUCGCUUUCAGGUCGCCGAGGCCAUCAAGGAUGACUUCGCGCGCUCAUACUUCGUUACAGGGAACCUCACGCUCGGGGCGUACGAAGACGACUGCGAGUUCGCCGACCCGGCGGGCUCGUUCAGAGGCCUGGGGCGCUUCAAGAGGAACUGCACCAACUUCGGGUCCCUGCUGGAGAAGUCCAACAUGAAGCUAACAAAAUGGGAGGAUCUCGAGGAGAAAUCGAUCGGGCACUGGCGUUUCAGCUGCGUCAUGUCGUUCCCGUGGAGGCCCAUUCUCUCGGCAACCGGGUACACGGAGUACUACUUCGACGGUGAGUCGGGGAAGGUCUGCAGGCAUGUGGAGAACUGGAACGUCCCCAAGAUGGCGCUCCUGCGGCAGAUAUUCAGGCCCAGCAAAUGGGCAUGGGAGAAGCAGUAGGACGAGAAGCAGUGGGACCCUGGCGGCCGCGAUAGCAACGAAGCAUACUUGCAUGAGUCAGGUUGAUCAUGAUGUGGUUACGUUAGGAGGGCAGGGGCGUGGCAAGUUUGUUGCUGGUUUGGUACCGCGGCGCCCGUAUGAUCCAGGUCCGUAAAAGGAGGGAGGGCAGUGUUGUAAACUACUCCCUCCGUUCUUAAAUAUAAGACCUUUUAGAAAUUACACUAUGGAUUAGAUACGAAGUAAAAUAAGUGAAUCUACAUCCUAAAAUAUGACUACAUACAUCUGUAUGUAGUUCAUAGUGGAAUUUCUAAGAUGCUUAUAUUUAGAAACGAAGGGAGUAGUACAGUACACUGUUAGCGUGCACUCUGUGAGAGCAUGUAAUUUGAUCCAGCUCCGUAUGAUCAAAACGGCAAUUCGCGUGGACUCUCUAAACUGUACAUCGUACUAGGCCAGGAUUUAAAAUUUUAAAAUUCAGACCCCUUCAUUUUC